AAAAGACUAAGAAUCCCAUCGAGAUAUUUGGACAGUCAUAAGAAACAGUAUCUUGAACAGAAGUCCCUCCCUCGGCCCAUUUCCUAGACAUGUCCGCUCCAACUCCAAACCCUGUUGUGGCACCAGACCAUGUUCUUGCGCUGCUCGAUCGUCUGCAUCAAGAGUCACUUACACAAGAAGCCGCUCUUCCAUCGACUUACUUGGCUUCUGGUGGCUUUGAUGACUUGAUGCGAGACAAGUUCAUUGCCCUGGAUCAAGAUAAAAGUCAAUUUGUCUAUCAACUUGCGAGAGCAACCGGCGCUCGUAACAUUGUCGAGAUCGGCACCAGCUUUGGGGUCUCUACUAUCUAUCUCGCUUUGGCAGUGGGAAGUAAUCUCGAUAACCUUGGUGGCGAGGGUAAGGUUAUUGCCACGGAGAAAGAACAUACAAAGGCCGAGAAAGCUCGCCAAUAUUGGCAAGAAGCUGGAAACGAUCUUGUGACGCGCCAUAUCGACUUGAGAGAAGGGGAUCUCCUUGAAACGUUGACUAAAGACAUCCCGCAGAUUGAUCUGAUUCUCCUUGAUAUCUGGGCCCCUGUUGCCCUUCCUGCGUUGAAACUCUUGGAGCCAAAGCUGAGAUCUGGAGGCGUUGUUAUUCUUGACAACUCGAUUUCCUCUGCUACCAGAUACAAAGAAUUACUGGAGCAUUUGAGGUCUCCGAAAAAUGGUUAUACGAAUCUGACACUUCCUUAUUCUAAAGGCUUGGAGAUGUCUGUUAAACUGUGAUGGGGGUCGAAUUUGAAGAGAGCACUAGUUCGAUGUAGCUAGGCUAUGAAUCAUCUCAUUUAAAAGAGGUUCUUUCCGUUCCCUUUCCAAUGUUGAAGAAGACUCAAAUUAGUAUCCUCCAUCCAAUUCAUUAUUAAUCUCGAUUUCACCUAGGGUCGU